AUGCUUCCUCAAACAGCUACCGCUGCUUUGUUCUCUCUCCUCUCCUUCCUUGUCCUCAAAGCUUCAGCUCGCGCCCCCACUGUCCUGACUGUCACCGCAGACGGCCGCGAUACGUCCAAAUGGGUCGAAUACCGCCUCCCUGAAAUCGGGAACGGCGUCGCCCAUGAGCUCAAGUUCGAAUUCAAGGAAAACCACUUCAACCUCUUGGAAUGGACCAACUUCGAUACCAAAGAGACCAAGAAGGGACCAUUCCUCGCUGGAGACGGUCAUUUCACAGCCAAGACCUUUGGGCCGAAGGGGACUCCGAACUGUCACUUCGAGAAGCAGGAUGCGGGGCCAGAUGAGGACCACACAAUCCGCUUUGCGCGGGGGAUAGACUCAUACCUCUGGCCGUGCCAAUUUGUGAACGGCUAUGCUAUGGUCUGCGAGGGCGGGAAGGGGAAGGCGGCGAGCUGCGAUCCUAAGGCUUGGCCCGAGCCUGCAUUGCCAGCGGGUCCGCCCAAGUAG